CUGUAACAAAGGGAGAAUGAGGCCAUUUUUAGGUUCGUAGCUGCAAUACACAUUGUACCUCCGUGCUGUAUUUGUUUAUUACACUUGAAAAACAACGAAUAAUGGAUAAAAUGAGAGAGUGGAUUGGCCUGGAGAGUCAAAGAAAUCUUCACAUGAAAAGAAGCUGAGAAUGCCAAGCGGGGACUUCAAGGAGGACAGGCUUACGACAUCAGCUCAAUCCACCCCUUGUGGCACCCCUUCCAGCACCCCCUGUGUUACCCCCAGCAUCAGCCCCAACUCCUCACCGAUACUCAACCGCAGCUUUGUUGCACCAUUUCUUGCUGCCCCAGAGCUCAGUAGUCCUAACCUCAGCCCUGAAAUGGGAGGCAACGAGGGAGGAGGUGGAGCGGGAGGGGAGAGGUGGAGCUUAUUUGGAACUUCUCGCCCAGUAGUACAGAAGUCCACUACUGACCCCGGUUCAGAAACCAACACAGGCUUCACACUAAAGUCAUACUUUGGCAUGCAGAAGUCUAGCACCAUGGAGGGCAUCAAGACCCAGGUCAACCUCAUGGUGGAUGACCCUGCCAAGUUCAACCCCCCCAAGAUUGAGAUCAACAGCAUCGAGGGCAACAGACCCCUCCAGACCCGCCCACACAAACUCAAACCCAGGGACAUGAACGUCCUGACACCAUCUGGAUUCUGAUUCCCUUGCCUCCCUGUUGGCCAAUAGCAGUUCUACUACCCUCCCUGUGUCCUAAGCCUCCUCAGCUUCUGUGGAACACCGAGAUGGAAACAUGGAGGACGAGCUACAGAACUAUAUCCCCAUAUUCCCUGAACCCUGAUGUUUUAUAUGACCCUAUGCCCGCUCCCCCCACUUCUCCUCAAUUAAAGCACCAAACGGAGCAUUUCCAUCCAUCUCGCCUCAAGAGGGUCACUUUUUUGGAGGGGUGCUUUGUUAUACAAUGCCCUGUUGUCGUCUGCUUCUCAGUGAUGUCAUGAGAUAGAAAUUGUGGUUUUGAUGUCCCCUGCUUUGGAUGAAAACCCCCAAGCUCAUUGUAUUUAACUCACUUUCACUUAAAGCACUGUACAGUACCCAGCCAAUGUUAUUUCACUCAACUAUACUCAAUUUAACAGUGAGUGUGGUUUUACUGACGUUGUGCCUAAGCUUGCUUCUGGCAUCUUGGUCACAUCAGUUGACCUUUUUUUAAAGAAUUUGAAAGAUGAGUGGCUACUGCUAACCAGGAUUAUUUGUAUUUGUUUUUCUUCAUAACAUCCAGAUAUUGUUUGUUAGUAUUUGUGUCAUGAUAUUUGUCAUACCAGUCUGUAAUGCUUUAAGAAUAUAUUGAUAUGAAGUACAAUGCAUUGAAAUGGUCAUUUUAAAAGCUUUUUUUAUAUGGACUAUUAUUUUAGAAUGAAUACUGUUCUUUGUUUUUGCAAGAUGUUCCAAGAUGAAUUCCAAUAACUAUAGCCUGGUCCACUGAUUUGGGCUGUAAAUAAUUUCAACACUAACAAAAGUAUUCCAACUUUUCUGGUUAAUUAUUUAUCUUAAUUGCUAACUUUAAAGGGCCGGCUCCCCCAUAUGAAAGCCACUUACAUUUUUGACUGGUACUGUAGGUGUUUAUGAUCCAGCUUUCGUCUAAGAAUUAAAUGGUGUUUUGGAAUGGGGUUACUAGCUAGUGUAUUUUACAUCGCACACGAGUAUAACAUCCCACAUUAGAUUUUUUUUUAUUGUCACAUACACCAGAUAGGUGCAGGUAAAUGUGUGGUUUUACAGGGUCAGCCAUAGUACGUUACCCCAGGAGCAAGUUAGGUUUAAGUGCCUUGCUCAAGGGCACAUUGGCAGAUUUUUCACCUUGUUAGUUCGGCUAUUCGAAUCAGCGACCUUUCGGUUAAUGGCCCAACUGCUAGGAUACCUGCCCCCAUUAGAAAAAAACACUGUUGGGUUAAAAAUGAAAGUUGUGAAAAUGUUGCUGAUUUGACCAUUACAUCUUAUGGACACUAGAUGGCACAAGAAGCUCUGAGGGUGAAAUAAAGAGGACUCAAAAGAUA